GAGAAUCUUUGAUAUGCUGUGACCCGAUUGUAGAAGUCUUCGCGGCCGGUCGUAUCGCCAGUUCUUCUUCGUCGAGCUCUUCUUUAGGUGCUCUGUUUCCGCUUUACGCCAAAGACACCUGCUAUGAUAGCCACCGUUUCGAUGAUCUCAUCGUUAAUACAAUUCCCGUGGGUGAGCGCGACGAUAGAAUACAACGGACAGUUUCUGAGAAUUGGCAGGAUGAUCACGUGUGA